GUCUCGUGCGCAUGUCGUGUAAUCUACAGCUAGGGGUUCGCCUCUACUCCCCGGACGAGGUAGACUCGCGUUUUGCGCGUCGAACGCACGCAAACGGACACCCCUUUGAAUCUUCUCGCUGCCUCGUACGAGGUUGUCACCGGGGGAUAAGCGUACUCCUGUUUUCGUUAGACCUUUUGCGUGAUACCCUAAUUCCGGCCGAGGAUCCGACCCUCCGCUCUCGCUCGAACGAGAGACAGUGAAAGUUAUUGAUUCUCGCGGUGAAUUACGUUCGCGAUAUUCCGUGCGACUUUUUCCGCAAGGAUACCAAUUUUUGUUGGGAUUCGUUGAAAGGAAGAAAUAAGACAAGAUGAAAGUAGGAUUGUUAAAGAAUUUUUUGUACUACUUUAAUUUAGAGCAGGGCACAGUUUUGAUAGCUGUGCUGCAACUGUUCACGUCUGGGUUUAGCAUAUUAAUUUUCGUACUAGCCCUGGCGCACACUAUGGUAAUCCAAGAAAUGGUAGCCAGGGACACGGAGGAUGCCCUUGAGAGAGAGGCGCUCGAAGAUAUAUCGUCGAAUCAUUUAAACACCAAGCGGAUGGACAUGGCACACCAUAAUGCAACUGAAACGGUUUACGCGAUGUACUGCGGGCUGGUGAUCACGGUGAUACAUUUUAUCUCCACGAUCCUACUCCUAUACGGCGCGCUCACGAACAAUCGUCAUUUCAUGGCGCCUUGGAUGAUGGUCAUGAUGACUAUAAAUUCGGGGUUGACAAUAUCCUUGUUCCUGGUAGAGCAGGACUGUCCAUUCAUCGCCACCUUCGGCGGUAAAGCCGACAUUUGCGAACGCAUGAUCGGUCUGACUCUUGUAAUUACUAAUACUUAUGUGUGGUUCGUCGUAUACAGCGCUUAUAAAAGUCUUGAGAUGAGGAAGAGGCUCAACCACAUUCUCCACCACGUAAAUAAAAAGCCUCUAGUCACAGUGAUGCAAAAGCCGAAGGCCGUUCCGGCGCACACGAACGAACCGUUCGAGGUUUGAAGGUAUUCCAUGACGGGAUAGAAUAAGUAGCGAUAGAUGUCGGAUUUAUUCGUUACAAUGAAACGUGAACGAGUGGAAAACGUUCCCGCGGCAUUGAGAAGGGUGUCCUUCGAACGACAGUGUUUUUUAAACGAAUAUCAGCUGGACCUAUGGUCUCGCCUAAGGUGUUUGAAUUUUACUCGGGUUCGGUCAUGUUUUGCAUUGGUCGAUGUAAGUAAAACGCGAUUGACUCGCGUUGGAAAAGCACUGUGCAUCCUAUCUUUAUAUUAUAUAUAUGAAUACGACACGGCGACGUUUCAUUUUAUAAAAGCUCAGAGGAGGAUUUGCAGUACAAAGAAAAGCAUGCUUUGUAUUAUUACACGUGCUACUUCUCGUUCAUGCGUUACAAUUAAUUAUAGGCGAAUUCGCAUCCUAUUUUCAUUUUAAUGAUAUAUCGAAUCUCUGACCGACGCACAGAGACUUACAAACGAUUAAUCCUUAACAUACACGAGUCUAAAUCUGCAUAUCGAAAUGCGGCGACGCAUAUACCGUAAUGUGUACAUAUAUUUUUCACUUCGGCUGUUGCUACGGCAAGUCGUUCGAAUCUUUUCAAUUGACUACGCUAGGUCCUCGAAAACUUUUGUUCAAAGUAUAUUUUUCUUCUGUGAGACUGAAUUUUCAUUGUUAGAAGUACCAUCACAAUUCAGGCAUCAAUCAAAAAGAAAAGUGAAAUACAUCGCUUGCAACUGAUUCAUCAUCGAUAUUUUAUUAUAAACAAGUACAUAUAG